AUGUCCUCCUCCUCCUACAUGGCCGACCUAAUCCAACUCAUGGACCCUCCCGACCCAAACACAAACUAUCCCACAGAAGCAGACCUUACGCAAGGUCCUCUUCUCCUCCGCGAACGAGCAUGGAAGCACCUGCUUCUGGGGAAAAAGCUCGUUCCUAAGGGGGAGGAGGUGAAGCCUGAGAUGAAGGAUACACACGUCUCAAUGUCGAUUCUGCCGGAGAAAUCGAGGGUUGUUGGGGUGGGGUUGGUUGAGUUGAUGGAUUUUGAUGAGGAGAGUUUACUUUGUGCUAAUGACGAGGCUGAUGUUGUCGUUUCCACAGAUUGA